AGGAAACUUGGACGAUUAUUGGAGAAAUGCGGUCUGUUUAUUGUGGGAAUUUUGAUUAUGAUGCUCGACAAUCUGAAAUAGAGCGCCUUUUCAGCAGAUAUGGGAAAGUGGAUAGGGUAGAUAUGAAAUCAGGAAUUUCUUGGAGCAUCCAUGCCUUUCCUGGCUGAUGGGCUCAUGUGCAUUACCUUUCCUGCCCGUGCCAGUGCUUCAUCUUCUAUACUCUUUCAGAAGAGCUGAUCUGAUCCACAAUGGCAUCAUGUUACAUUUCCCUCAAGCAAUCAUUACCUUUCAUUCCUCAUGACCCACGCCCAAGUCUUCAGUUUCAGGCAUGUCUCAUGGUAGGAACCAAUGCCAUCUUUGCAGCCAAGAAGGAGAACUUAUGGCGCAAGCUCUUUUGUUGGAUGACCCACCAACACCCACUUUUGGUUAUUGUUUCUUGACACAAUUUAGUUCAGCUUGCAAGGUCUGUUCUUAUGUUUCUAGUCUGCUAGUUUUUAGCUUUUGAAGAGAUGGUAGUGGGCUGCAUGAGUUUUCACCUGGAGUUAGUGUAUCCUUGUUAGGGCCAUUUAACACUUGUCAUGUCAAGGAAGCCUCUUACUGGAGAUGUGUGCAUCUAUGAGCGUCUCUUAUUAUGUUAUUCAUUGGUGGCUGAUCUGUUUCAGGUUUCGCAUUUGUAUACAUGGAUGAUGAACGGGAUGCUGAGGAUGCUAUACGUGCACUUGACAGGACAGAGUUUGGCAGGCAUGGCCGCAGGCUUCGAGUUGAAUGGACAAAGCAAGAGCGUGGUGGUCGCAGAUCUGCUGGUUCAAGAAGAUCUGCUGCUAACUUGAGACCGACAAAAACACUGUUUGUUAUAAACUUUGAUCCAAUCAAUACCAGAGUAAGAGACCUUGAGCGGCACUUUGACCCAUUUGGAAAAGUUCUGAACAUCAGAAUAAGAAGGAAUUUUGCAUUCAUUCAAUAUGAACUACAAGAAGAUGCAACCAAAGCACUGGAAGCAACAAACCAGAGCAAGUUGAUGGACCGAAUUAUUUCUGUUGAGUAUGCUGUUCGUGAUGAUGAUGAUAAAAGAAAUGAUUAUAGCCCCUAUCGAGGGCGAGACCGGACACCAGAGAGGAGGAGAAGCCGUGACCAUGGUCGAUCACCAAGUCCUUAUGGUAGGGUUACUGAGAGGGCUAGCCCUGACUAUGGGCGUGGUCCCAGCCCUUAUGCAAGGCCAGAUGAAAGGGGUAGCCCCAACUAUGGUAGAGCAGAAAGCCCGAACUAUGAGAGGCGUCACAGUGAAUCGCCUGUUAGAUCGAGGUCCUGAAUUGCUAAAGUGGUGGAAAGUAAGCUGAAUUCAUCUUGUGCUCCUGGUUAAUAUGCAUUGACUGGUGCAUUUUUUGCACGUUUGCAGUUAGACAUCAAAUGUUGUGGUGCAUUCAUGUAAACUGAUAACCUCGUCGUGUUGACAUUACAGUUUGUGGUUGAGGAAGCUAAGAUAGAGACUGCCAGGAGUUUCCCUUUUUUGUUUCUCUUUUCUUGGUGGAAUUUUAUGGCAAUAUUGAGUUUAUGUGAAGGUUUUCCUGUUUACCUUAACCAGCCAUUUUGUUCCAGUCUUUAUUCCUCGAGUUAGGUUUUCACUUAUUGCAUAUGUUUUUGCCUGUUAUUUAUAUGUACGAAUGCUAUUAUGCUAGACAUCCCUUCUGGAGCUGAUUUUGAUUUUUUUA